CAUCACAGACUACAUCGACCAGCAGUUUGAGCAGUACUUCAGAGACGAGAGUGGACUGAACAGAAAGAACAUAUUAGACAACAGAGUGCACUGCUGCCUGUACUUCAUCCCGCCGUUUGGACACGGUUUGCGGCCGGUGGACGUGGAGUUCAUGAAGGCUCUGCAUGAGAAAGUCAACAUCAUUCCUCUGAUCUCUAAAGCGGACUGUCUCACUCCUAAUGAGGUCAAAAAGCUGAAGGACAGGGUGCGAGACGAGAUCGAGCGCUUCGGGAUUAAAGUGUAUCAGUUUCCCGAAUGUGACUCUGAUGAAGAAGAGGAGUUCAAACAGAUGGACAAAGAGCUGAAGGAGUGCACUCCGUUUGCGGUCAUUGGCAGUAAUACAGUGGUGGAGGCCAGAGGUCAAAGGGUCAGAGGUCGUCUUUACCCCUGGGGUAUCGUGGAAGGUCCGAAACACUCUAAACAAGUACAACAAAAAGGGGAUUAA